GUUUUGACUACGUCACAGAAGCUUGUCGAGAAAACUGACUCAAUACAUUUCGUGUUAAACACGUCAAGAAUAUUAGAAUACGUCAAACACUCAUUCUAAUGUACAAAAAAAAACAAAGAAAACGGAAGAGUUUGGCUGUAUGGGCAUUAUUUCCUUUGCCUUCCCUAAAAAGGGACGUUAAAAAAACAGGCGAAAAUAAUCUGCAGUUGUACCAUAUUGCCAUAUUUCGUGCUGUUGCUGUCUGUUUCAGUUUCAUACGCAGAAUGUUUCCAAUUAUUUUGUUUUCUUAGUAAAAUUGUGAUUUGUUUGUUCCUUGAAUUAAUUUCCAAAUAGUCAUGAAACAUGAUUCGCUUAGUGCUAAGAGCUUUAUUGUUUUCAGUUCUUACGAUUGCUUCAGUGACAGGAAGAAUACACAAGUUGUUGCUUUUGGAUGAUGAGCGUCACUAUGUGGAGCUUACAACAUUUGGUUUCUUCCAAGGAGGCAUUCUUGAUGUGAAGAUGGUCAACUUCAUGCUACCAUCAUCGGUUCCACAUGGAGAGUAUGGAUUCACACUGGACCGUACUGUAAACGAUGCUAUUAACCCCUACCUGGAGUCCCACUCGGACACAUGCUUCCUGAAGGAUGUGGACAGCAUGGGAAUUACGCCUCAGCACACUGCCAUAGUUUUCCUUAAACUGGACUUUGUCAACUCGAGACUCAAUAUCACAUGCAACGGCGAUGUGUCAGCCCUUCAUCUCUAUCAAAAUAGGUCGAUGAUACCGAUCGACAGGACGAAACGCCAAUCCCAGUACAUGUUCAUAAACAGAAGAAGGAGAUCUGCACCAUCUAAAUCGACUGAUGCAGCGCCACAAUGCUCGUAUGCAAACUUGCAAAUAACUAAUAUGUCGCGUAAUGGAUACGACUACUACAAUGCUAGCUUCGCUAUGCUCGUCGCGUCACAGAAAGAAGAAGGUCUUUACAAUUUAUACUUCCACAACUGUCCACAUCAAGGUAAAACAACCGUUACACCUGUUAAUACAGUGAUUGAAAUAUACGAAAGUAAUAACGGCGACAAUUUUCUGUCGGCUGGCGAGAUGCCCUUGCCGGCACUCUACAGCAUGAUGUCUAUGAUAUUCUUCUUGAGCGCUGGUUUCUGGACUUUCAUAUUACGCACGAGCAAACACCCUGUAUACAGGAUUCACAUUAUUAUGUGCGUGCUGGUGUACCUCAAGGCGCUGUCAUUGGCCUUCCACGGGAUCAACUACCACUUCAUUCAAACUCGGGGCGAGCACGUGACCGCCUGGGCUAUCCUCUAUUACAUCACGCAUCUGCUAAAAGGUGCUGUGUUGUUCGUAACCAUUGUCCUGGUGGGCACCGGGUGGAACUUCAUCAAACAUAUCCUUGCAGACAGAGACAAGAAGCUGUUUAUGAUAGUUAUACCGCUUCAGGUAGUGGCUAAUGUUGCCGAGAUAAUAAUAGCGGAGAGCGAGGAAGGCGCCGCUGAACACAACGCUUGGCGGGAGAUCUUCAUAAUGGUCGACCUCAUAUGCUGCGGGGCCAUUCUGUUCCCGGUCGUUUGGUCGAUACGUCACUUGCAAGACGCGUCGAGCACAGACGGCAAGGCGGCCAUCAAUCUUCGCAAGCUGAAGCUGUUCAAACACUUCUACAUUAUGGUCGUGUGCUACAUAUACUUUACCAGAAUCAUCAUAUCACUGCUCAAGAUAACGGUGCCGUUCCAAUAUUCAUGGAUAGACGAGAUGUUCCGUGAGACGGCCACGUUCGUAUUCUUCGUAAUGACUGGAUACAAGUUCCGGCCGGCCGCUGCCAACCCUUACUUCACCGCCAACCACGCGGAGGACGAGGACACUGAAGUGUUGUCAGAAAUAGGCGUGCUAGACGGUGUUACCAGAAUAGCGAAUAGGGGUGAAAAACGUCGAGAGGACAUGCAACCUCUGAUGCAAGAGACGGGAUAUACCUCUGACUAGAUAUAGGGUAAUUAAUAUUGGCUAUGAAGCGUGUAUUACACCAGUAGAGGCUCGUUCUAACCGGAACUUACUGAAACGCAAGUGAACCACAAUCCACUAGAUAAUGAUCUCAAAAUUUUUGCAAGGUUUAACCACAUAACAUAAGUGGUUUAAAACAAUUAUAAUUAAAUUUAUAAAAAAUUAUAAAACAUUAUAAAAUUUUUAAUCCAAUAUCCAUCUAAUCAGUUUUCAGCUUGAAUCAAAAACUUUAAACGCCUUAUUAAUAAACAAGGAAUAACAUUAGACUAGUUACGCCGUGUUUUGUUCAUAUCACUCAAAUGCCAUUUGUCAUUCAAUUGACAGAGACAAAACAUGGAGUAUCUAAUCCAUGUCAAGUCUUCGUUUCUUAAUAAGGGGGAUAAGUGAUUAUAAGUUAUCCAUGAUCACGUGGUGGAUAGAUGCAAAUUUUAACCUUUAGGUAUGUUGCGGUUAGGACACGGCGUCAUUGUCUAAUAAUCUAAAUAAAUGCAGUUGCUUGUAAAUAUUAAUCUUUUAGAAAUUAUCAAUAGAUAAAUUCUAAUAUUCAGUUAUUACUCCUAAGAUAUGUAACAUAAUAUUAAUAAUAUCAUAAAUUCAGAUUCAGCGCUCUACAAAAUUGAUUCAUCACGUUUUAUAUAUAAAUACAUACAAAUACAUAUGAUUAAAAUUUAUAAUAUACCUAGGUUGUAUGCAUAUUUGCAAUGUAUAGUUUUAGAUUAUAAGAUGGCAGUGGUGUAUAGGAGUAGUUCCCACGUGAUUUUGUAACUUCACCGUUUUUUGGUACUUGUAUUGUAAUCUACAUGAAUCAGCAUCGUAGCAGUUGUCACAUGAAUCAGCAUCAUCAUUUUUGUUGUUCCUAAUUAUCAUUUACUUUCAUUAUCAUUUAAUACUAAUAUGUAUACGCACGACGAGCUACGGACUACUACAGAAAGCCACACAUCAAGUUACUACAUUUUUUCUAAGUAGAUUGCGAAUCUUAUAUAGCGUGAUGAAACUCUUAAUUUGACGUAAAAUCGCAUUUGAAUUUAUCUUUUAAAUGGCAAUAAAAAUAUACAUUCGAUAAAAAUUCUAACACUCUUGUAUUGUGAUUGUUUAACUGCUGACAAACGGACGGGCGCACAGAUGAGGCUAAGCUAUUACUUAUAAUAGUAGUUUCUCUAUUUGGUACUCAGACAUUGCACAUAAUGUUUUCCUUCAAAAAGUCGUUAGCUCAUUCAACAUACGCCAAUCGCUGCAUACAUUCUUAUUGGAUUUUCUUGUUUGUAAUAGCCCUAUUAAACAGUUCGUUAAAUCUUCAUCAUAAAGUUUCUUAUUAUAAAGUUUUGAUUAAAGUUAUACCUAGUCUAAAUAUGAUGAUGUCUGUCGCCUUUGUUUAUCUUCAUCACCUUAUUACAAAGUUUUGAUAAAAGUUAUACCUAGUCUACAUAUGAUGAUGUCGCCUUUGUUUGCUCAAAAGGAGGCAGAGACAGCAUUAGGUUUAAAGUAAGUCUUAUUUUAGUCCAAGUUUUGUAAUAAGUUGGUCAUAUGUCGGAUAUUUAAUCUGUGAUCUAAUGAUCACCAACAAUGCGGAUACUUUCUUGGUGAUGGUAAAUAGCUGUCAGAAGUCAAAGACGAAAUUCCUUUAUUCAAAUUGGAAGCAUGCCUUACCCUGAUAAUAACGCACCUAUGGGAUCCGAAGCUUAAUACAACUCUCCUGAAUCGUCCAUAGUUUUGAUCUCUUUUGAAUCGUCAGUGACUAAGGCUCCUAUUACAGAAUAACAACUAAGUGUUGAUCUAAACUUGAGUACAGUUAGAAAGGGAUGCCGCUGUGUAUAGCACAUAACGCCAUCCCUUUCUGACUGUACUCAAGUAAAGAUCAACACUUAGUUUUCAUUCUGUAAUACGAGCAAGCAUUCAAUAAAUUUACGUAUCUCAGUAUGAUGAUAAAUGCAUUUACCUUUAAGUUUCAUUCUACGGGUAUUUUCGGGUGGUGAAAAAACAACUGAUUCCUACUUAAAUACAAGUAUCAAAAACGAACGUUGAAAGUGAUGAGUGUAACAAGUAUUUGGUUGUUAAUUCAUUCUAUUAGGGUAUAAAAUUAAGUGUCUUAUAUAUUCCCAUUCCAUUGGAGAAAGUGUACUUUAUGAAGAGUUCUUUAGUGUUUUUUUAUUAUUAUUUUUGGUCGGUUGUUUUCUUAAGCUUAGAUAGUACUGCCAUAGACUUAGAUAAUGGACUAACACUUGCAUGUAAUCGACAACUGUCCAAAGUGAACAAAAGCGUUGGUGCAGCCGAUACCUCUACGAAAUGUUGGCCGCAUGAUCGCUUCGUCUCCUUCACGCUGAUCAGCACAGUUGGGUCGGGAAUGCAUAAUCCAUUCUGUAUAUCUAUGAGUACUACUCACGUCAAUAAAGAACCGAAUUGAAAAUGGCGACGCAAGCAUGCGAGAGAGGGAUACAAUGUCUUGCGUCGCAUAUUUAGGCGCGGGUCAGACAGAAAACAAGUAAAACGCAGACGGGAUGCGGCCAUAAUAUGUCUCUUUCGCAUCCUUUGUAUAAAAAAGUAAGAUGCAUCGCCUUGCAAAACAGAAAAGUCUCAGUGGCAAUUACUAAUGAAUAAACGUCGUCUUCUUCAUGUUGCAUAGCUAAGUUCGGUAUUUGCAUCGCAGAUGCGACGGAUUUUUGGUCAGGUGAUCUCAGAUUAUUCUGAGUAAUUUGUUAUUAACGAACGGACCGAUAAACCGUACAUUAACUUCUAACCUCAAACAGAAACUAACCUCACAAUCACAGUACAUAUUUAUGAUAGUUCACCCGAUUAAUCUUUCUCGUCGGUCAAAAUACUCCGAGAAAACAGAUUUACAUCGGACUGAUCUGAGCGGAAUUACCAAACAGUUCAGAUUACCUCCCCUACCUCAAGAUGUAAUAAACAAACAAUUCAGACCAAAAAGAUUGAUCAGACCCAAAUAACGAACUCAGCUUUAGCAUAGCUCUUUGCUGUGUGUCCCGCGCCUAAGAUUCGUUUCUGUAAUGGCUCGAGUUUUACCCUUUAACUUUACGCUACAUCUUUGUAUGUUUGCAGGCUUAUUUAAAGAUGUUUUUGUACAGGCUAUAGCUUAUUUAUGUUCUUGUAUUCUUUAAUGUUUAUCUUUUGGGUAUCUAGAUAUAGUGCGACAAAGAUCUUUAUGAAUGUGGCGAAAAUUGGAACUAACGCCGCCGUCUUAUUUGCACCUAUUUUUAAUAUUUCAAAUAUUAAAAAUAGUGCAAAUAAAGAAGAUUCUUUAUUCACCUCAAUUAUCCAUCAAUUAAAAGGAAUUCUUUUUGUUCGAAUUACCUUAUUGUCCUUUAAAUAAAAAAAGAACUAAAAUUUGAAUGCUUCUCACGCACGCUCGGUCAUACUUCAUAUUCGUUUUCCCGGUAAAAAUAUGAUAGCAUAUCAGUACAAUAUCGCAUCGGAUUCGUGACGUCACUGGCCAGUAUACUGAUGUAUAUUUCGGAAUACACCCACGAUCAUUUACGUAGACAGUGGCGGCCUCUCUAAACUAUCACUCACAUUCAUAAACAUCCUUGUGGUGACGUUGAUCACAAUAGUCAACACGAUUUGACAAAUAUGCAGAGGAAGUUGGAAGGUUCAUUUCAUGAUAAUUUAAAAAGAGGAUCGACGAAGUAGACAAUACAGAGCAAUCGUGUUAUGGUUGUGGGGCGUAAUAUUUACUGGUCAUAGCCAGUAUUUGUGUGCUCAUUCGUAGAAUAAGCGAGUAAUAUAGAAAAAUUGGUUGUAGAUACUGAAAUACAUACUGUGAUCGUAUCUUUCUAGACUAUUCAUUUCAUAGUAACGCAAACAAAAUAAAUGGAGAUAAAAUAAGACCAUCUUAUUUUUGCUUUGAAAUAAAAGCUUUGUCAAUGCAAAAUUGUACAAUAUUUUUCUUUAGAGAUUUUAUAUUGGUUCGCAAAUUGUAUUCUCAAUGCAAUAAUAAUAUAAGUCUUUUUUAUAAUAAUUAUAUUAAUUUCUAUUAUGUAUUGCUUUCUUUCAUUAUUUUUUUUAGGAUUAUAUUCAGUGUGGCGGCGAACAUUCAAUCGAUUGCGAUUAUGCCGGCACUUCACAUAGUUUUUCGUAUUUGCUAAUUGUAAAUUUUACAUUGUUUCAUUCCCUUUCAAAUAUGGUAAGAUAAACUACUUACAAAUUGACAAAUAAAUAGAUAAAAUAGCAAAAAAUACAUUUGCAAUUUCAAACAGUUUGGUGGUCGAUAAUUAAAAUAUACGGGUUGUUCUACAAACUAAGGACGAAAAUGAGUCCGAUUCCGGCCCGACGUUUUUUUUUCAUUAUGGUUACAAAAUAUAGUUUAUCAUAAAGAUUACAUGGUCUUUUAGCCUGUGUUAAGUAGAACGGACAAAAUAUUCAAAAAUAUUCGAGUUAUGGCAAUUUUAAGAAAUCAAGCAGCAGGAAACUGAGAUUGUAAUCAGGAGACUGAGGAUUUAAACAAAUAUCAAUCAAAAUCAACGUUUAUUUAAUAAUAAAUUCACAAAUAAAAACUACGCUUCUAACCAUUAGUUUGUAAUUGUCCAAAUAUCUUGAACUAUCGUGAUAAUUAAGUCUAUUCUUGACUUAUACUAAUUAUCUAUCUAAAUCAGUCUUGAACAGGAACUUUUAUCAUUAAACCUACAAAAUUAGCUUUAAUAAAAUAAUGAUGUUAACAAACAUAUUAUUAUUAUUUUGACUUCAUAGAAUAUAGCAGAAAAAGUAACAUAUGAUGUUGAACAAAAAUUAUAUUUCAAUAUAAACACUCAGGAUCCUGCAUUUUUCUCAGUAUCCUGGCUAUUUAUUUGACAGGAUCCUGAGACCAGGUUCCUGAGAAUUUCGGAAUAAUAUUUAAAAAUAACGUCUAUUUAUAACAUUCAACCAAAAUCAAGCAGCAUUAAGCCUUCGUGUAAGCAAUAUAUACAUCAAAAUGCUACAAUUACCAUAUUACCACAUGAAUUUCGUAAUUAAAUAUCUUACCAGGAUCCUGUGAGCUCGACUGAUUAUGACGCGACUUCGUCCAUCAACUGUGCCGGGCAGACUAAGCAACACACUGGGUGCAAAACAAUAGGUGAUAUUCUUUGUCUCUUUCGUACCGGCAACAAACUCGGCUAAACGUCAAAGUCGCGCGGCUAAUAGAAUAUUAAAUAUUCGCUUAUUUAACAUUGGGCAGGAUAUGAAACUGUUGGGACAACUUCUGGACAAAGUUUUUAUAAUGUUUUUGUUACAAUAAAUUAAUAAUAUGUCACCUAGGUAACAAUAAUAAUAGGAUAUCAUUAAUAUUGGUUAAACUUAUGGGCUCAAUGUAGUAGAAAAUAAAUAAUAUUGCACAUUAGAUUCAAUUUUGCUCGUGGGACACUCCAGGAUCCUGGGAAUUUGACGCUUUAAGUAUUUAUUUUCCUAAGAUAAUAUAUUAGUAUCUAAAUUAUUUUUAGAGACUAGGUAGAUAUAGGUAUGGUAAACAAUAUAUUAUGAAAAUAAACUUGGUUGUAACAAUUUUUUCAUGACAUUUUAGCUGAGCCGUCGAAAAUUCCUUACUUUGUAGAACUACUCAUAUAUAUAUAUGAGUAUUUCUCACAAAAAAUGUACGUAACGAAAAAGCUGUAACGAAAUAUUGUAACGAAAUAGUAAAAGCUAAGGUGAGUGUGCACUGAGUGCUUUAAUAGAGAUGGAGGAAGUGAGGUCAUAAUAAAUAUACGUUUCUAUUUGUUAUAAAUUUAUUAUUUGCCGAAAUCAAAAUUAAAGGAAAGAAAAAAAAUCUUAGAAAAAAGUUAUUAAAAAUAAACAUCGUCUUCUUCAUUCAUCAGAGAAAGACUGUCUGAUUUUUUGAGCAAUUGAAUUUUUUUAACAAUGUUUAUCUCAGGGAUACAGUCUAGAUCUUCAAUUUUAGGGACUUUUUUCGGGGAAAUGAGUUUUUGGCCAAAACGCGUGAUAGAGUACACUUUGCGGCGCUCCUACGCCAAAACUAUUGACUUUAUCAACAAAAGGUUGAUACAUAAAUUGUAGGUAAUUUUCUCCAGUUUAAUUUUGUAUAUGUAACUAUUUAUAUCGUAAAAUAAGUCGGAAAGGAGAUAUUGUCAAAAAACUGCUUUUAGGCGCCAUUUUUCCAGUACGGCAGUGCGAGCGGUAAAUUUAAGAGAUAGCAAUGUCGAAAUUCUGAAAGUGCGCAUCAAAAGCUAUAAAAUUACCAAUUUUCAAAACUCCCGGAAAGCUUUCCAGGUAACCACAAUUUUUCUAACCAAAUGACUGGACUACUCGUAUUUUUUUAUUAAUUCUAAAUAAAACAAUAUCUUAUCUUUUAUCACAACGAACAAAUACAAUACAAAUACAAAUUAAUUUUCAGCUAGCUUCGUUCGCUCGCCGAUUAAGCGCGCUAUCCUUCCCCAUCAUGCACACAAAUGACAAAUCAAUAAGUGCAACAAAUCAAUGUGAUUUAAAAAAAAUAUAUUAUGUACCUUCACCGGCACCGGCACACAGAAACUCCAAAGUUUCAUCGAAAUCAGAAGAGCGGCUUCGGAAGGCAAAAAAGACAAACGAAGAAAGCGACAUUUUAUUUUCAUUUAGUAUUAUAAUAAAUAAAGUAUUUGUAUACCCAGCCUUAUACAAUACUAUUUCGUUACGUGAUGAAACAUAACGAAAAAGUAAGAGGAAUAUAACCUAAAACAUGUUU